AUGAGUCCCCUCGAGCUCCAGCUAGAUCUGCAGCACCCGCCACAGGCCUCGCAUUCGAACCGUGGGUCGCCGCGGGGGAGACAGCAUUCGGUCCCUGCACCCGCCGUAGAGUUUCACAGCUUUGACGACGUUGACAUCACCUCGUCCAUCCGACCUCCACCUUCUGCACUGACUGCGACUGCUGCGACUGCCUACGACCCGCACAGCGACGCUCCUUCUCCUCUGCAGGACUACCCCCGAUCUGCGCCCAGCAGCCACCAGCGCACAUUGACCGGCACCUUCUUUGACAACCUUACCCGCGCAACAUCCACACUACAGCAUCAUAGAUCACGAACAUCUCUUCAUUCGCCAACAAAGUCGCUGGCCAGCUUCAUCCCUUCGAGGCCCGCAGUAGAGUCGGCCGCCAGCCAGCCCAAGAUCCGCGCGCUGCAGAACUGGUUCAACGGCUCCUCUGGGCCCGUGAAGAUAGGUGUUUCCCAGUCCGGAGAAGACUCCGAGACAGGCGAAGGUUCCGAGUCAGGCUCCGAGGUCGGCUCCGAAUACUACUCUUCAGACGAAGAAGAAGAGGAGGAGGAAGAGCACGAAGAGCGGGGUAACAUGAUGGCGAACCUCUUCAACCGCGGAUCAUCGUUGACGCGAGGCCUGAGCCAGAGCCCAACAAGACGACCCGAAGGCCCGGCGACUCCGACAAAAACACCGAACCCGUCUACACCCAGCACCAGAUUCGCGUGGCUGCUAUCCACACAAAAGAACGCGGUGCUGCCACCUCCAGUCGCGUCGCCUACCUACCACAACCCAGACGACGAGCUCCUGAACCUCAACAUCUCCCAAGCCCUGUUCCCACACGGGCCUGCAGACCCCCUAGCGCCAUCCUCUUUCCACGACCUCCUCACAAACGCCGAGGCCCUCCUCGCCCGCUACCAGUCCUCGUACCGCCAACUCUCCACCACACUAGUCGACGUGCAAUCCGAGCAAAGCGCGCAAGACGACGAGCUCGACGAAGCCGAAACAAGAGCACGCCACCUAAAAAUGCAGCUCGAAACAAUGGCCGCCCGCGCAACAGAGCAAGACGAACAAAUGCGCAAACUAAUGGAAGACCUGACCUUUGAGCGACGCGCCCGCCAAGACGAAGAAGCAGCCCGAAAGCGCAACAUGGCACUCAUCCGCGGCUGCGAACACGCCCCCUGCCAAACCACACCCAGAAAACACACCCGCGUCUCCAACUCCCAGAUGAGCGUCGACUCGGGCUUCGAGUCAGAGUGCGAAACAGACGCUACUAGCCUCUUCUCCCCCAACUGCCUCAGCCCCGCCGGAACAGAACGCUCCUCCUCCAUCCUCGACUCGGACCCCCUCGACACUACCCCGACGAAUCGCAAAUCAAACUUCUUGAAGCGCGGAAGCACGUACGAUAAGCCCCGUAAUGCGGCGGUUAACUUCGCCCAGGGCUGCGAUAAUUGCGAGGGCGGGUCGCAGGCUGCUGUUUGGGGGAGGCUGUCGAGGGAGAGAGAGGAGAAUCGCGUGCUUAGGCAGCGGGUGGAGACGCUGGAGGAGGCUGUGGAGAGUGCGUUGAAUGUUGUGGAUGGGCCGUGGGGGUUGUAG